GCGAAACACUCGGGGCAGGUCAGAAGAAGAAGUUUAGUUUUCUAAAACUAUAUAUUUAACAAUAAAUGAAUUCGUAAAUAAAUAAUCCUUACAACGAGGGAUGGAAAUGAAACACACGCCACACAUUUUCCCUUGGUACAAGGAGAGGUUGCAGACCAAGUAUCUUAAAGCCACAGCAAACAAGAUUUCCUCGGUCAACAGUUGUUGUCAACUUGUAAACGUGAGCCUCAGCGACUUUAGCGAUUGCUCGUCAGUCUUAUCCGGGGACCGGAGAGGUGUCUCACCGGUUCUUUUCCACCAUGACACUCCAAACCACAACUCCAGUCAAAAGCCUACAAAGUGCGUGUCUAAAGAACACACUUGCUUUUCAAAGCAGAUGACCCAAAAGCAGAUUCGCAGAGAAUAUGUGGCUGCUGUGGAGGAGAAACUCAAACAGCAUCCUCUGGCUGUGUUCUCGCUCUACAAGGAUCACAUGACCCCAGAGUUAUUUGAUAAGGUGGUAUCCGUUUUGGACCCAGACAUGAGCGGAAACAGCGCAUCUGCUCUUCCUACGCCUACAGGAGACCACGCGGAGGAGGAAGAUGAAGAGAACUGUACAGGGCCAAAAAAGGAAGAAGUGAAGAAAACUAAACACAGAACCUCUGCUGAUAAAAUCAGCUCUGAUUACCAAAAUCAAAGUCCCAGAAACCCUUAUAUUCUACAAAUGAAUGGAAAUGGUAACGAGAAAGGCCGCACGGUCAAAGUGAACAAACUGUGCACCCACAAGGACAAGAAAGUAGCCGCCAAACUUUUCAGCAGAUGGUUUGCAUCUCCGGAUGAAGAGACCAAUGUUACUGAAUAUGAAAUACUGGGCCUUCAAGACUCCUCAUCACCAACUUUCCCCAUUCAAGCGGAGGACGCCAACAAUGUUUCAGGUCAAGAAUAAAAUCCUGUCAAAGCCACAAACAGACGGGAC